AUGAUAUUUCUUAUAUUUUAAUAAUAAUUCAAUCAAUAUUAAUACUUAAUGUACAUACUACUGUCUCUUUUUUUAUUAUUUUCGAAAAUUAAUUCACUUUCUAUGAAGAGCUUAUAAAAAAAUUAAUUUUCGCCUUUUAAAUAAAUGGCAUACUCUUGCAGGUAUAAAUAGGGGCUAAAUAACUAGACGUUAGCAAUUUGUAAUAUUAUAGCAUAUGAAUAGUUAGAGAAAAAAUAGUAAAACUCGCUGCUAGUUGAUGAAAAAAAAUAAGAGGAAAUAAAUGCUUUUUUCAACUAUCUUAACAUAAAAAUAAAUUAAAUUAAUUUCUAACAAUUAAUAACUGUUUCCGAUUAAAAUGAAAAUUUUCAAAAUAUUCAAAGGAUCUUUAGCAUAAACGCAGUUAAUAAUGAAUUUGAUGAAAACAGAUUAGAUAUCUAAAAUAUGUUUCAGCUAUAAAAAUUAAUGGAAUAGAUGCAUUCUAUUGCAUUUAAUAAUAAGACAAAUAGAUCAGAUUAGUUAUUGCAAAAAAUAUCUGCCACAAAAUUAUCUUUUGAAAUUAAUUAAGAAUAUUAAAUUAAUUGCAUUUUUGAUGGUUAAUAAUUUAUUUAUGUGCACUGCAUAAUAUAAUCAAAAAUAAAUCAACAAGAUAUUUCACAAAUAAAAUCUGACAUGCAGAAUAUUUUAUUCUAGAAAUUUUCAUUUAAGCAGUCUUAAUAAAAAUAGAAAUAAUAAAAUAGCUUAUCUUAUGAUAAUUAUAAAUUAAAUAUAAUCAAUCAUAAUUAGGAAGACAUUAAAAAUGUUAAAAAAUAAGAAAGGAUUCUAACAUUCCAAACUGCGUGUUAAAAUUAGAAUUCUAAUUGCUUAGUGUGCGAAAUUUAAGAUUAAUGCAAAAUAUGCAAGCAGUAAUAUUAUAAUUAUGACGGCAAAUGCAUAACUGAUAUCUAACUCAUAAAUUAUAGUGAAUCAGCUGUUACCACUAUUGUUUGUUUAGCAAAUUUUUUACUACUUUCUUCAUUCACUCUAAGCAUUGCCUUAUCUUGCUUAAAAGCUAAGAACUUAAUCCUGCUAAACACUUUAUUUGGAUUAUCAAAAAUAUUUUUUUUAAAUUUAAUAUCAGUCACUUCCUCCAACAUAAAGACGUCAAGAUUGUUCGAAAUAUUCAAAUAUAUUAAUCCAUUCAAGAUAUUAAAAUCCACCAGUUGGGUAAACAUACCUUUCAAAUCAAGUGAAAGCUAAUCACAAAUUAAUUAUUCAUUCAAUGAAAAUAGUGCUGAAGGAAAUAUCAUACUAUCAUCUUCAGGAGCUAUGCUUGCAAUUAUUUACUUAUUUUUAACAUACAAAAUUAUUUAAUUGGUGGUUAAAAAAUAAAAUAGCAUAUUGGAAGCUUAUAAAAAAUAUAUUUGUGGAGUGUUCAUAUAGCUUUUAAUAAUAUCUACUUAGGUGAUGCUGAUAGGAGUUAUACUACAAAUUGUGUAUUCUUGUAUUAGCUCUCAAAGUUUAAGUAACGAUAGUCUUUUUGCUUUGAAAAUCGUAUUAGUAAUAGUGAAUUCUCUCAUAGUUGUUUCAAUUUUAAUCUUUUUAUACAAAUAAAAUAAUAACUAAUAGAUAAUUUUAGAUUAUUAAGAAACUAUUUCAAUUUAAGAUAUAAAUCAAAAUUUGAUCUAAAGCGGAUGUUACAGCGCUACAUGGAUACAGAAAAAUUAUAAUCUCUCUAUUAUUUUUAAAGAGGUAAUUGUUAUACCUUUGCUUGUUGUAUCUCUCCAGAGUAUGUAUCUUGCUUAGCUCUGCAGUAUUUUUCUGGUAGAAUCAAUAUAUUUGAUAGUAUUAGCAUAUUUAAGACCUUUUAAGGAAUCUUCAGAUAAUAUUAUUAACAUAAUUAAUAGUAUAAUCUGGUUGAUUAUCUAUAUUUUAAAAUUAUGUUGUUUAAUUUAAAUUGACCAAAUUAAAUUUUCAAACGAUUCUAUUACAUAUUCAUCAUCAUAAAUAAUACAAACAAUAAAAUGUAUUGAAAUUACUUUAGUAAUCCUGUGCCUUUUAGUAUUAUUCAACAUAUAAUUAGCUCCAAUAGUUAAAAUAUUAAAUAAACGCAAAAUAUGUGAUUCAAAUAUACCAUUGAUUAAACAAAUAGAUCCAUUGAGAUAACUACAAAUUAGCCCAUUCGGAUUUGAAAGAUAAAACCCUUCGAUGUUUAAGAUUAGGGAAGAAAAGUUAAAUGAAUUAAAAUUCCUGUAAAGCUAUAAAAAAUAUAGAGCCAACUCUAGAUUUUCAUUAGGUUCAAUUGCUGGAAUACCUAGAAUAUCUGUUUCAUCACUAAAUCCUUCACCAGUAAUUAGUCCUUAUAAGCAAAGCUAGUAAAGCAAAUCGAGAGGUUCUGAGCCUUUAAACAGCCAAUUUAUUCUUAACGCCCUGAAUGAUACUAACUUAAACGGAAACAGUAAUAUGAAUAAUAACUAAAGCAGUAAUACCAAUUUUACAGUUUUUGACUAAUCAAAAUAAAAAAAUUCAAUUUUACUAAUUGAUCCAACAUAAAACAAAGAAAGUGAGUAAAAAUAAUAAAUUAUAUAAAUAAACGAGCUAAAAGAGGAAUACAACUCUAAUUCCAAUCACAACAUUUUCUCAAUUAAUAAAAAUAAAAUACCAAAAUUACAAAAUAAUUAAAUCUUCUCUAUUUAACUUAGUGAAAUAGGAAGUAUUAAUGAAAAUAAAUCUUAAAGCCUCUAAAGUAGUAUUGAUUCUUCUUUUUUAACAUCUAAUUCAAGUGAUUCAGAAAAAAAACUCUAAAAUCUUUAUUGA